AGAAAAAAACGAUCUUCAAGCCAUAACAAUAAUCAAAAUGGCGUUAGUAUUUAUGCUGGAAAAGUGAAAACAUGGUCAAGGUAUACGGUACAGGGGAAUUAGUACCGGGGAUUUGGUCCCUCCAUAGAUAGUAGGGUGGUGUAGGGACGCACGCUUGCCACUAGACAGGGCCAUGAGACGAGCUUGGACGUUAAGGGUCUUUCUGCUGCUUGGCUUCCUGGCAUUAGCUCCAGCAUCGAAGAUCCAUAAGCGUAGACUACAUAUCACACACAGGGCAGGUGGAAAGACCUUAGAAGACUUAGUUUCACUUGGAAAAUUCUUCGACCCGCAUGAUAUGAAUGGACUUGUGCAGUCAAUCAAACCCAAACUAGUGGAAGAGACUCACCAAGAGAGAAUGAUGCUCCAGCAGAAUGGCAUCGAAGACAUGUUCCCCUUAGACGCCACAGUGGAACUUGGACACCGCAAGAGGCUGCCACGCCCUAUUGAGGCAACAGAGGUAAAAACAGCGGAAAAAGAUGCAUUUGGUGAUAGCAACGAUGAUGAAGAGUACAUGAAGGAUAUGCCGGAGUAUAACGUGGAGACGAAAGCAGAUUACAAGGGUAACGAGGAAGCGGCAGAAUGGCUCAUGAAUAAUCCCAACAAGUUCAAUGUCAUGCCUGAAGAGGAUUCUAAAGGUCUGGUGUCAGAGGAUGACCUGGCAAAGCAAGGGGCAAUGAGUGAUGAAGCGGAUGCUAAAAGUGGCUCUGAAAAAGCACAAGAUGUAGACGAUUCAAAAUUGUUAUACACAGAAGAUCCCAUGAAACAGGGGGAACUAAACGAUGAUGUGAACUCUAAAGAGACAUCAGACAAGGUUAAAACGGGGGAAGACGAUGAUGAAGCUCAAUAUUCAGAUAAAACGUUUUGGAACACUAAAAGUGAAGAUGACCCCGAGAAAAUAUAUUCAAAAUAUGAAAAGUUCGCAUCGGAGCUAGAAAAAAAUGACGCGAAAACUGAGAGCGAGCGCGUGAAGGAUGCCACAGACUUCCCACAUGGCAAACAUGCGGCGGACACUCCUAGCAACCAUGACGUCACGGAGUUCAACGGUGACACAGAAGGUGACGUCACUAUAACAAAUGAUGACGAGAAUGCGGACACAGUGCAGCAUGGAAAAAUUUCUGUCGAUGACAACAGGGAGAGUAAAGUGGCGAAUAAACUUGCGGAGGAAGAGGAGGAGAGUAAAGAGGCGGAGGACAUGGUCAGCGCGAGUAAGUCCAUCGAGGAGAUGAUGAACAAGCUCCACAUGAACACUGGCGACAAGGGUGAUGGCCAGGAAAAUAGCGACAAGACAGACUUUGCUAAGCAUAAGCCGUCGUAUGUGAAGGCAUUGAAGGCAUUCCUACACAAGGUUCAUCAGAGCAAACCUCCCAAGCUAGUCCCAGUCUACCGCAUCACACACUUGCCUCGCUUGGGGCAAAAGGCCCUACGCCUGCGGCAUAAAGCGACAGACGAAAGACCGGGGACAUCACGGCAAAAUAUCCGACAAGAAGAUGAUGACACUGGAGACCGUGACCCAACGCCCAGUGAGCUCAGGCAUCUCGAGUCGCUGAUGAUAGAGAAGACGACAGGUGAUCAAGACACACAGAGGGGAGGGGUCCCUGGAGUGGAAAUGCUUCAUCCACAGAUAUCCCACGAAGGAGAUCAGCGACAUGGUAUCCCGAGCAGGUUUGGCGAGUGGAAUGGUUGGUCUACCUGUUCUGUGUCGUGCGGUAGCGGUAGCAAAAUGCGAGCGAGGAUUUGCCGCAAGCUCCCUUGUCAAAGUCGCGACCUUUACCAAACUAAACCCUGUGCGCAGGAUGUUUGUCCAAGCGAUUGGGUCAAAGAAUCCUUAUCAGCCCAUAACAGACUGCGUUCCCGCCACCACUCGCCUCCUCUCACCUGGUCCAAAACACUAGAGAUAGAAGCCAAGCAAAUAGCGAAGACACUCGCGUCCCGAGACUACAUCGGCUCACAAGAUCUACACGAGGACUCGGGCGAGAAUAUAGCUCAGCUCCGGGCCAACCCCGACUCGCUGCACUUGGCGCGAAAAGCAGUCGAGCUUUGGUAUAAUGAGGUUCGAUCCUAUAGCUUUGCGUAUCCCCAGCUGACUCCUAAGGAUCGGCAUUUUGUACAGAUGAUCUGGCGUAAGACUCGCGCAGUCGGGAUGGCGCACGCCAGAAGUCCGAGUGGCGAGUACACGUUUGUAGUAGCGCUUUACGGUGGUCCGGGUAUCGAUCGCCGGACCUUACGCGCGAAUGUGCUACGCGCGGGUAGAUCACAUGAUGUUUAUACGGAGUUUAGGGCAGUGAUACCUAGAGUAGGACAUCGCCAUCACGCCAUGCAGUAGAAUGUACAUAACGCAAUCGACGAAGCGGGAGAUUGGUAUAUUCGUAUAAAUACGAAUAGUAAGAAGUAUAUUAUAUUAUGAUUUAGUAUGAUUAGUAUUAAGUUGCCGAUAGUGUCAAAGGUAAUCAGGAUGCUUGGAUAGAACAGCUGGCGUUGUUUUUGCGAUGUGGGUUCUAGUGAUGCUUUUUAUCGAGAGGGUGAUAAGGGUUCCAUACAUAUAAUCUCAAGUGAAAAUGAAAACCAACAUACCUCUGAAAAAUAAGAACAAAUACGUGGUCCACUUUGAUCACGAAAGGUUCCUCUUUGAGGUAAAGUUAAAAAGACAAAACACGCAUUACAGUUUAUAUCAUUUCGGAAAAGCGAGAGAGUAAAAAUAUUGUCUAAACAAAAAUUUAACAUUUUAACAUUUGGAAAGUGGAAAAGUUUAUGGACUUUUGUUGUCGUUGUUAUAAAGAUGUCCUAUUGCCUUGUUAACAAUGUCACAACGUCGAUUUCGGUGCACUAGGUACUUAUGAUGAGCUAGAGUUCUCAUGAAUAAAAAGUGUCAAGGAAUACAGAGUA